CAGCGUGCACAUUUCACACACCGUGGUUACUAUCACGCGGAAUAUCGCGUUAUUUUUUUCUGCUUAGCAACUGAGAUUUUGGAACUAAAAGGGAAAUUAAAUACCUGUUAAAAGACAUUGUCAUUCAGAAAUGGAUCAAAUCGGAAACCUUGAGCUUUCAUGGGCUCAAGGUUACAAUGGAGGGAAAGCACACUACAUUGAUAAAGAUGUAAUUUGCUACCUGUGUGGACACAAUAUAAAGUUUGUGGCAGAAGAUGGGGCAGAGACAGUUUUUAACUUCCCGGGUGAAGGUGUCGGUCCUUUUGCUGCUCACAGUCUCAGUAGAUGUUUUGCUGUUGCUGAAAAGUGUUUGAACCCAAAGAUUUAUGUAUUCAUCUAUCCUACAUUUAGGCAGAUGUCUAUCCUAGAAAAAGGUGCCCAGUUAGAGUACACACAACUGUUUUUCUCAAGCAGUGAUUUCUUGUGCAGUUUGUCUGGUAUUCCUGAAUUUGAACUUACAUUAUGGAACUUUCAAGAUGGCAGUCAGUUAUGUAAGUUUGCCUUAUCAAGGGAACAUAUUCCUACAAGUCUGUCAUUUAACCCAGGCAACUGGAGACAAAUCUGUGUGACCACAGAGAAGAAUAUCACCAUGUUAAAUAUAGAACAAAGUGACAAGUACUAUGUAAUGCAGCCAACUUUAGUUCAGUUUGGAAAAUUUGAUUGGCCCUAUCACAGACGGGUACGAUUGCCAUCUACAGAUCCCGAUGCUGACGACGAGGAUGAAUAUGUACGUGAAGUACCAACACGUGCAUCAACACGAAUGACACGGUACACAGUCGAUGUUCCAAAAGCAGCAAAGGCUGGACUUGUUGGUGAACUGGCAGAAAGACUUGAUGAUAUUCAGGACAAAACUGAUCGUGUGAAGCCUGUAUCUCAGGUCUGGACACCUAUUGGUGACCUUUAUAUUGGAUGUAAGGGUGGACAACUCCUGAAGGUGGAUGGGGAAUCACACAAGGCUCGAGUGCUAUAUUAUCCACCAAAGGUACCGGAAACACCAGGAUCCAGAAUGUCAAGUGCUGGUAUUGUGCGUGAAUCCAUGGUUGAUAUGAAACAACCAGUUGAGGAUGUAAGCGAUAUGUUACUAGAUGGAAGUAUUAACUGUGUUGGUCUUCACAAAAGAGGUUUAUACUGUGCUGGCAUGGAUGGCACAUUGAGACUGGUAGAUGUUAAAUCCAGCAAUGUUCAUGUUAUAGAAAAAUGUCACGUUGGUGUCCCAAUCUCUUCCAUGACAUUUUCUCCGAGUUACAGACAUGUAAUUCUUGGUUCAACAAGAGGAACAUUGCAUCUUUAUGAACCAGGAACAGCAGAUAGUCUCAAACUACUGAAAGAUCUUCAUCAUGGUCAGUUUGUUGGAAUAUCAUGUCUCCCAGGAAAUGAACAUUGUGUUACUGCCAGAGAAGAUGGGGAAAUACAAGUAUGGUCUAUUGAUAAGGGAAAUAUGGUUUCCUCAUUCAAUGUUGGAGUUCCAGUAUUUUCUGUAGCAUGCAGUCCAAUGUUACAUGUUUGUGCUGUGGGUACUGCUGGUGGAGUCAUCAACUAUCUUGACAUGACUAAUGUGGAGGCACCAAGGAUCAUACAAGGGGUCAGGGUCUAUGAAGGGCCGGUUAUGCAGCUAGUAUAUGAAGAUGAAGGCAGAUAUUUGCUGUCAGCAUCAGAGGAGGGCCAUAUUUUCCUCAUUGAUGGAAGAGCAACAGAAGGUUUCAAACCCUUAGCCCAUACAGAAACCAGUAUGGAAGAUGCCCAAGGAGAGAUUCAGGCUGUGACAACAUACACUGACUCCAAGAACACACUACGUGUUGUUGUGACCCAUAAUACAUCUGGCAAUAAACGUAUGGGUGCCAACUAUCUGACAACAUUCGAAGUUUCUGAUGAUGUAAUGAGAGAUUUGAGAUAUAACUGCAACAGUUUAAAAUAUGAUUUUAAAGACAAGUCCAUCAAGAAGGUCUCUGUGAAGUUGGCAGUACCCUCUUAUGGUGCGGCUAUAUCCGAGGGCAACACCAUGUUCACAAUGGCCCAGAAUAAUAAAGCUGUGCAACAACAUACACUGCCAAGUCCUGAAGAGUUGCCUAAGUUGCCUGGAGGCCGAGUGUUGCUGUCUCCACAUCAUAAAUGGCUAGCCUCUUAUGGGACAGAUGGCUCUGUUCUUCUUCGAACUAUUGGACAAAUGGAGAAGACAGUGUGUAUUACACCACAUGAUUACAGAAUCGGUGGAGUUAAAUGUAUGGCAUUUGGUGAGGACAGUCAGAACAUAUUUACAACAGGGUUUGAUGGUGUUCUUACUUGCUAUUCCUGGAAUCCACCUUUAACACAACGAAGCUACACACCAACUGGCAUGGGUAAGGCUAAAUCUGCCAUGGAGGCUGCUCGAGCCAAAAAGUCCCGGCUGAUGACAUCACAGAAGGAAGAGAAUGAGCAUCUCGCCAGAAUGACCGACUGGACACCUGAGGACAUAAUGAGACCUGCCUCAGAUAAAAUGCCUCCAAUGAGUCGGGAGGAAAAAGAGAAAGCGAAGAGGGAUGAAGCUUUUGAGAGGGACGAGAUCUAUGUAACACCAACACCUAUCCCAGAACCUGAUGCCACAUGGCUGCAGGUCCAAGAAAUGGAGUCCUUCAAAGAGGAAGAUAAACAAUAUGCUGAUGUGAAGAAGAAUUUGAGAGUUUCUAUUAGAGACAUGAGGAGAACAUUACAAACAAUGUUAAAGAACAAUGAAACACUGCCAGAGAUAGAACAGUUGAACCGACAUGAGUUUGACCUUGACAUUGAGGAACAGCUGAGACUUCAGGCUGAGGCUGACCAGGAAGUGGAAAGGGUUCGUGAAGAAAUAGAGUUUGAGAACUUAGCUAAGAUGUAUCUACGUGAGAUGAUCAAACGCGAGUGCUGGGAUGAGAUGGUGGUUAAAGGCAGAGCUGUCCAGGCUUUUAACUCAAAUCUAGAAGUGAGCAAUUUCCCGAUGAGAGAACGGUUACCCGAAACUGUAAAACUCAUAGAAAAAGUUACCAAACGUAGACAGGUUGAAAUUGCAGAGGUCAAGGCAUUGGAUGAUAGGCAUAUUCCUAUGCCUAAGAAAAAGGCAAGAAAAGAGCACAUAGAGACUUCAACAAAGCCAGCUAUCACCACAGCGAUGUUUUUAAGUAUUUUACAACAGAAAAGAUAUGGAUAUGGUUUAGAUGAUGAACUCAAUGAGGGUGAAGAUGAUGACGGGAGGGAACAACCGUCCAGUACCGGAAGUCUUGUUGCGGACACUAUAGGAUACAAUAUAUCAGUGACAGAUAUUUUGGGUGCCCAGUAUGGUGGUGGGAACGAAUUGUUCUACAGUCAAUUUGAACUCCACUCUAGAGAACAGAAAGUCAACCAGAUCAUCUUAUUAGAGGAUGCCAUUUAUCGUAUCAAACAAGUGUUUAACAAAGACUUUGAUGAACUCUUCAUAAAGAAAGAACAAGAAAUAGGUAAAAUCAAGGAGAAAAACAAGCGAAUAAGGAAAAUAAUUGCUGACCUUGACUUUGCUGAAGAGGUCAUAGAGCCAAGUAUGGGUGUGGCUGAGAAACCAGAAACUUUGUUGACAGUUGAGGAUGAUGAGGUAAAAGUGGAGAGAUAUUACACACCAGAGCAAAGGAAGGUGAUGGAGAAGAAACAGAAGGAGGAAGAAGAGAGACGUGCACGAGAACGUGGUGAUAAUGCUCGUGAACGUGCUCUCAACCAGAUGAUGGGUGGGGUACUUGAGAUAAAAAAAGAAGAUGAACUGAAGAAAGAUAUUCCAAAGCCAGCAUUUAUGACACAGAAAGAUGAAAAUGACUGGAGUGAGGAUGAGCAGAAACUUGCUAAGGAGUUUGAGAAAAGAGUGAAGGAACUCCAAGAGGAAAGAGAAAAAUACAGAAAGCAACUGGAGACUGAAUUAAGAAAGAAUCAGGGUUUGAUCCAGGAAGGUAUGGCAACAUUUGAUGACAUGAUGAACACAGUGUUCAUGAAGAAAAUCAAGGUCAUGAUGGUCAUUUACCAGGAGGAGCUGAAGAUCCUGAGAUUAAGAUACUCUCUACUAGUGGAGGAAGAAUUGGGGACGAGAGAGUCAGAGCUGAAUCGUCUGAUGGAACACAAGAAACAUCUCAAGAGUCUGGCAUCUCAAGCUGUAAUAGACACACGUAAGAAUGUGGAUAACUAUCGUGAACAGUAUGAUAUCCUGUUGGCUGAAGAUAAGGUAAUGGACAAGGCAUUUAAACGAGAGUUUAACGAUGUGUCCGCAGUCCAACAAGAUCAACUUUACAGAUUGUUCAAGAGAAGACCAAGAGCUCUGAAAAUUACACGAGCAGAAGGAGAUGCUAUAUCACUGCCCAACCCAUUUGCUGACCGUCCGUCCACGGCCAGACAGAAUGCCCAAUCUAAAGCUUACAUGGACACUGCGAUGGAGGAUCUUGACAAACCAGUCAACUGUCCCGAGGGUGUGGAGCCACAUGUCUGGGAGAGACUAUGCAUGUACAGACGUCAGAAAGUUGAAAAUGAGAACUUGUUGAAGUUACGAGCCCAUACAUUGGCAGAAAUGCAACAAUUUCAACAGAAACGACAAGAAGAAGAUGAUCAGCUUAAAACUGACAUUGAUAGUAUAUCGGAGCAGUUAAAUAAACUGCGAGAGGAUAGGGCACGUUUUAACUUGAACCUUGAAGUACAGUUAUUGUUGAAGCAAGGUCAGGUUGAGGUAGAUGCAGGAUCAUUUAUACAUGACUAUAAAGACAGUGCUCUCAUUCAUAGAAAUGUUGUUGAAGACCUGAAUGGCACAAUCAAGCAACUUGGCGAGAGUAAAAUAGCAAGCAUGGUAGAAAGUAAAGACUUCAGAAAGGGCAUUAUCCAGUUAGAAUGGGAGCAUAAGAAAAUGUUGAUGGUGAUUGAAGAUUUACAAAACAAAAUGAAAGAUGUACAAUUUAUGAAAGUCACUCGUGAAAUACAAUUGUUCCUGAACUCACCAGAUUACGAAGGCAGGAAGUCGGAGGAAGUUGGAAAAUUAGAACUUACAAUUUUACAACAGAAAAAAAUUCACGAGAAGGACUUUAUAAAGAUGAAGGAGAAUGAUAAUGAACAGUUGUUAAAGGAGCUGGAAGAUCUUAAUGUAUCAGUACAUGAGAGGAAACAUAUAGAACAAGUCAAUGCUGACCGUCGUGCUAACGCUGGAGCAGAGAAACGAUACCAGGAGAUUGUUCAGAGACGGAAACUUGUGGAUUUGGCUAAAGCCCAGGCACAGGAAGUGGCAGUAUUGCGCGCUGAAGUUGAACGUCUUCGUAUGAGAACUUUCCCAGCUCUGGUACAAGUGGAACAUUAGUGAAACAGACUAGAUAAUUUAUCUGUGUAAACAUUUAAUGUGAUAAAUAUAAAAUUAUUGUGAUAAAUAUGAACAGUUUAUUUAUUGUAGUAAAAGAAUUUACUUUUUUUGUUUGUUGAAAACUGAUUUAAAGGAAAUAAAAAGUGUCACUUUAUAAACGUUGUCUAUAUAAUAUUGUAGCAAAUAUUUUUUUUUUAAAAAUUCAUAUGGUAAAGUUAUAAUAUGAUUUUAGCCAGUGAGCUUUUGUUAUGAUAAUUGAAAGUUGUUUCUCAAAAAUGCAGUGUACUAGCAAAAUUCAAAUGUUUUGUAUUAUGCAUGUCAUGAAAGUUUGGUGAAUUCAAAAUUGACCAUUGAUUAUUAGUUUAAAAAAUUAAUGUAAUGUGUGAUCAGUCAGUAUAUAUCACGCCUGACAGCUUUAUGUUAAAAUGGUUGUUAUGUGUCUGUAUUUCAACAAGAAAGAUGUGUUAAAAUGUGUAAAAACCCUAAAAAGCUAGCAUUUUUGUCUGUCUGUUAUUAAUUAUAAAACAUCUAAUCAUGAGCUUGUGCACAAGAUUUUUAUGUCACUUAAAUUAUUAUGUAAUAAAGUUGAUCAAAUGUAAAAUUAUAAUAAUUAUGUAUUGCAUAUCUAAGCUUUUUUUGUUAAAUAUUCUUUUCAUAGCUGUUAUCCCUUUAUUGUGUAAAUAUCUAUUAAUAUUUCCAUUAGAAAUUUACCCUCUAAAAAGUGAAUUGAUCUUUUACAGUAUAAUGUACUGGUACAUUUAUUUUGAAUUUCAUCUUGACUGAAACAAAAUCAUUGGAUACCAACCUAUAUAGAAAUGUGUAAAUUAUAAAGGAAUGUGAAAAUCAUAAAGAAAUGUGAAAAUUAUAAAGAAAUGUGAAAGUUAAAUAGAAAUGUGAAAGUUAAAUAGAAAUGUAAAGGUUACAAAGAAAUGUGAAAGUUACUAAAAUUAAGAUUUUGUCAAGGUUUAAACAAAAUUUAUUAUGCAUAUAAAAUGAGUAAGAAAACUGACUAUAAAUAUUUAUAUUGUGAAAAUGUUCCAUCUUUUGUAAAAUUAAAACAUUUAUGUACAAUCUAUUUUGUUAUGACAAAUAUUAUUUGUUUCAAAAUGAGAACAUGUAUCUUUUAUUUUUUUAGUUAAUAUCAGAUUUUAUCAAAUUCACAUAUUUCUGACAGAAAACGUGUUAUUAUUGAAAUAAAAAUGAAAAAUCAUGAAUACAGAA